ACUAUGCUAUCCAAACUCUAUAACCUCUAUCCAAACGCUGAAAUGACUGCAACUCCUCAUCAAAAACCCACAUUUUGAAUGGAGCCUGAGGGGUUUAUAUUGCUGUCAAACCUCGCGCCAAAAUCUGAACCGCUGCCCGAGGCAGUCACGUGGUACAGCCGGGCAGCGAGGCUUCAGACGUCAUCAUUUUCAGCUCCUCCCCUAAAUGAACCAAGCCGAGAUACGCGCUUCGCGGAAACGCCCCCUCCAUUACUCGACACAAGCUUCGAAGCCUCUGCACAAGCUUCGAAGCCUCGGCACAUCUCGUAACAUGCUGUGUCACAGCAAAUAUAGCAACGAAUACAUUAAAGCUUAGUCUUUUCUAAAGCCCUCGAAACGAAAAUUGAUUUUGGAGCACUGGAGUGUUCUGGGAAGGGAAGAUAGAAGAUGAACCACUGCUAUGCUAACAUGGCGACGUCCAGUCAAAGAGAAGGUGGAAGAGAAUCAGAUCCACCAACGCCAUCAAAGCAGAAAAAGCCCCAAACUGCAGCUAACGUAUUGUGUCCUGCAGAUGUCCAGCAGCUGAUUGGUCAUCAAGAAGAAUGUCACCCUCAGCUGCAAGGGCGGAGCUUCACUUUGAAGCGGGAGGAUCCACAUCCCCCCAACGUUAAAGAGGAAAAGGUGGAAUUCUGUACCAUGCAGGAGGGAGAGUGUCUUCUCCGGCCGAAGGGGGCUGAUCUCACCAAGUUGCCACUGACUGGUGUCUCUGUGCAGACUGAAGACCGUGAAGGCGAGCCACCUGAGUCCUUACGUUCGUUUUCUCCUGCAAAUUUCCAGCAGAUGAUUGGUUGUCAAGAAGAGUGUCUACCUCAGCUGCAGGAGAGGAGCUCCACUUUGAAGCAGGAAGAGCCACAACCCCCCCACAUUAAAAAGGAAGAGGAGGAACUCUGGACCACUCAGGAGGGAGAGUGUCUUCUAAGGCCGAAGGGGGCUGAUCUCACCACUUUGCCACUGACUGUUGUCUCUAUGAAGACUGAAGGACAUGAAGACAAAGCACCUGAAUUUUCACAGCUUCAUCGCAGUCCAAGAGGGGCGGAGCCUCCAAGCAGCAGCUCACCACAACACAUGACAACAGAAGCUAAUGGAAACCACUGUGGAGGAUCACAAACUGACAACCUACUAGCUCCACUAUCAGAUAGCGACGACACCCAACGAGCUUUGAACAGCGAUACAGACUGUGAAGGUGAUAUGAGGACUCUCACUGACAACAAACACUCUGAAAAAAAGAAGACAGGGAAGAAACGUUUGACCUGCUCAGUUUGUCCCAAAAGCUUUUGUUACAAGUAUGAGUUGACUCUACACAUGCGAAAACACACAGGAGAAAAACCUUUUGCUUGUUCUGUUUGUGGUCAAAGAUUCUCUUAUCAGUCAAAUAUAGUACCACACAUGAGGAUACACACAGGCGAAAAACCAUUUUGUUGCACAGUGUGUUGUAAACGAUUCAUUCACAAAGCAGCUAUGGUAUCACACAUGAGAAGGCAUACUGGAGAAUAACCAUUUAUUUGCUCAGUUUGUGGAAAAAGCUAUUCUCACAGCAAUAAUUUGACUUACC